AUGAUGAAGUUUGCUGACAGCUUGUACAAGUGCAAGAUGCUGAAGCGUGCGGCCUUGGGUCGCAUGUCCACAUCAGUGAAGAAGCUCCAAGGUGCCUUGUCCUUCCUCGAAGAGGUACGGCAACACCUGGGGCGUUUGCCAGCGAUCAAUCCCGCCACGCGGACCUUGAUCCUCACAGGCUAUCCCAAUGUGGGAAAGUCCUCCUUCAUGAACAUUGUGACCAAUGCGAAUGUCGAUGUUCAACCGUAUGCCUUCACCACCAAAUCCCUCUUCAUUGGGCAUUUGGAUCACAAUUAUGUGAAGUGGCAGGUCAUUGACACUCCAGGUAUCCUGGAUCAUCCUUUGGAGGACCGCAACAGCAUCGAGAUGACGGCCAUCACGGCGCUCGCGCAUUUGCCUGCGGCCGUGCUCUUCUUCGUGGACAUCUCGGAGCACUGUGGAUUCAGCUUGCCCACCCAGGUGGCCCUUUACCAUUCCAUCAAGCCACUCUUCCGCAACCGUCCGCUGCUGAUCAUCCUCAACAAGACCGACCUCAGAAAGCUCUCGGAGCUCUCUCCAGAGGAGAAGCAAUUGUUGGACUCGAUGGCUGAGGCGGCUUAUGACGGCUGGCCCGUGCACUUCUUCGAGACCUCCUGUGCCAAGAAGGAAGGCGUCGAUGCGGCCCUCACCAAGGGCUGCGAACUCUUGCUUGAUCGACGUGUCGAGCAGAAGGUGAAGACAGGGAAGGCGGAUCAGUUUAGGAGUCGGCUGCACAUCACCAAUGUGAGCCCUCCUGCUAGCCGCCCGCCUUGCAUCCCCAACUCUGUUCUAAGACAGCGCGAAGCGUUCGGUCUGCCCAGUGGGUUUUUGCUCGAGGAACCCUUGGAAAGAGAACGAAUGGAGGAGCUGGGCGGCGCAGGCGUUUACUCCGUGGAUCUCUGGCGAAGGGCCAUCCUCGAGGACCCGAACUGGAAGUACGACAUCGUGCCGGAGAUCAUGGACGGCCAUAACAUCGUCGACUAUGUGGAUCCGGACAUCGACCGGAAGCUGGCAGAGCUGGAGAAAGAGGAGGCGCUCUUGAUGGCCGAGUCAAGUCUGGGCAACGAUGACGAGGUCAUCGGGGAGUUUCAAAAUACACAGAAGGUCCUGGACGAAGUGCACAGCAGGAUGCGUCAAAAACGCCUGGAACGACGCAUUGGCAAGUCGAGGACAGGUGUUCCCACGCCACGGAGAGCGCGCAAGAAGGCUGAGGAGGUCGAAGAGAAGCUCACAAGUAUCGGCCUGGAUGCAUCCAAGGUGCGAGGCCGCUCGGCUUCCAAGAAGAGGUCCUCCUCUUUGCUUGGCAAGCGCAAGCAUGAUGCUGGUGAAGACGAGGCCGCCACGCGCACUUUGUCUCGAGCAAGAAGCAGGAGUGUUGGCCUGCCUUCUGAAGAGGCUGCGCAGACGGUGGAGAAGAAGCGCCGGAAGACCAUGCGGUUGCAUCAGAAGAAGGGCCACAAGGGCGAGGCCGACAGAUGGAUCCCGGAUCUGAAGCCCAAGCACUUGUACUCGGGCAAACGGGGCAUCGGCAAGACGGACCGGCGGUGA